AUGAGAGAGGAGGCUGCAGAGCGGGGAGGGGCCGAUCGCAGAGGCCUUGGUGUGCCACGAAGGAAGCCCAGUGCUGUGGGAAUCCAGGAAAGGCCUCUCCCCCGGGGGGGGGCGGGGUGUGGGCGUGUGCCCUUGGGUCUGUACACAUGCAUACGCGUGCACAAGUGUGCAGACACGUCCGUGCCAAUAGCUGGUGGCCGGGGUUGGACCUGUGACCUUCUCCGCAGGCUGUGGGUGAGCGUGGAGGAUGCUCAGAUGUACACGGUCAGCAUCUGGCUCACCGUGCGCCCUGACAUGACCGUGGCUUCCCUCAAGGACAUGGUAUUCCUGGACUACGGCUUUCCGCCCGUCCUGCAGCAGUGGGUGAUUGGGCAGCGGCUGGCCCGGGACCAAGAGACCCUGCACUCCCACGGGGUGCGGCGGAAUGGGGACAGUGCCUACCUCUAUCUGCUGUCAGCCUGCAACACCUCACUGAACCCUCAGGAGCUGCAGCGGGAGAGGCAGCUGCGGAUGCUGGAAGAUCUGGGCUUCAAGGACCUCACGCUGCAGCCCCGGGGCCCUCUGGAGCCCGGCCCCACGAAGCCCGGAGUCCCCCAGGAGCCGGGGCGGGGCCAGCCCGACGCCACGCCCGAACCCCCGCCGGUGGGCUGGCAGUGCCCCGGCUGCACCUUCAUUAACAAGCCCACGAGGCCCGGCUGCGAGAUGUGCUGCCGGGCGCGGCCUGAGGCCUACCAGGUCCCUGCCUCGUACCAGCCCGACGAGGAGGAGAGAGCGCGCCUGGCGGGCGAGGAGGAGGCGCUGCGCCAGUACCAGCAGCGGAAGCAGCAGCAGCAGGAGGGGAACUACCUGCAGCACGUCCAGCUGGAUCAGAGGAGCCUGGUGCUGAACACCGAGCCCACCGAGUGCCCCGUGUGCUACUUGGUGCUGGCGCCCGGCGAUGCCGUGGUGCUGCGUGAGUGUCUGCACGCCUUCUGCAGGGAGUGUCUGCAGGGCACCAUCCGCAACAGCCAGGAGGCCGAGGUCUCCUGCCCCUUCAUUGACAACACCUACUCGUGCUCAGGCAAGCUGUUGGAGAGAGAGAUCCGGGCGCUGCUGCCCCCCGAGGAUUACCAGCGGUUCCUGGACCUGGGUGUCUCCAUCGCGGAAAACCGCAGCGCCUUCAGCUACCACUGCAAGACCCCGGACUGCAAGGGAUGGUGCUUCUUUGAGGAUGAUGUCAACGAGUUUACCUGCCCGGUGUGCUUCCACGUCAACUGCCUGCUCUGUAAGGCCAUCCACGAGCAGAUGAACUGCAAGGAGUACCAGGAUGACCUGGCCCUGCGGGCUCAGAACGACGUGGCCGCCCGGCAGACAACAGAGAUGCUCAGGUCGAUGCUGCAGCAGGGCGAGGCCAUGCACUGCCCGCAGUGCCGGAUCGUGGUGCAGAAGAAGGACGGCUGUGACUGGAUCCGCUGCACUGUGUGCCACACGGAAAUCUGCUGGGUCACCAAGGGCCCGCGCUGGGGACCCGGGGGCCCAGGAGACACCAGUGGGGGCUGCCGUUGCCGGGUGAAUGGGAUUCCUUGUCACCCCAGCUGUCAGAACUGCCACUAGCUGAGGAUGGCCUGGUCCCCACGCUGACAGCCCCACAUCCCCAUGCUGCUGUGGGACAGGGCUGGUGCUUUGGCUCUGAUUUCUCCCCCGGGAGAUGCCUUUGCGUGUGGCUGAGACAGGCCUUGUAGAGACCAAGGCCCCCGAGCUGUGCGGAUGGUUUUGUCUUCAAGUGGUGUUGCAGGGGGCCCUGUCUAAGCUUGCGGUUGGUGUUGUUCAUGGUUGCAUCUGCCCCAGGGCCUUUGCCCUUCCUCUGGGGCUUGCCGGCCAGACCUCUCAGCUCUUCUCUGCGGCCCUUCCCUCUGCCUGACCCAGACUUAAACACAGCCCUGCUGGAUGGAGCCUCUGAGAGCCCCGUGUGAGUCCAUGCUCUCCCCCUUCCACCGCCCUCGUCUGCUGAAUGCUGAGCACCCAGAGCCCACCGCUUCUCCAUCGGCUCUCUGGGGCUGACUCUCCUCUGUCUUUGCUGUCGGAGGCCUGCGGUUUGUUAGACAGCUGCUGCUAAGCCCAUUCGGAGCCAGGGGGAGACCUGGCGGUGUCUAAAGCACAGCGUAUCAGGUUCAGCUUCCACGUCUCCCUCUUUGCUGCCUGUGUAAGCUAAUUAAAAUGGCUUUCCAGGAAA